AUGGCAUAUAAAGUGGAUCAUGAAUAUGAUUAUCUAUUCAAGAUUGUAUUGAUUGGAGAUUCAGGCGUGGGAAAAUCUAACAUUCUUUCAAGAUUUACAAGAAAUGAGUUUUGCUUGGAAUCCAAGUCAACCAUUGGUGUUGAAUUUGCAACAAGGACUCUUCAGGUAGAAGGGAAAACAGUUAAGGCACAGAUAUGGGAUACAGCUGGUCAAGAGAGGUACCGUGCCAUUACCAGUGCUUACUAUAGAGGUGCAGUUGGGGCCCUUUUGGUUUAUGACAUAACUAAAAGGCAAACCUUUGACAAUGUCCUGAGGUGGCUGCGUGAACUCAGAGACCAUGCAGAUUCAAACAUUGUCAUUAUGAUGGCUGGAAACAAGUCUGAUCUGAAUCAUCUUAGAGCAGUCUCACAGGAAGAUGCAGAAAGCUUGGCUGAGAAGGAAGGCCUUUCAUUCCUCGAGACUUCAGCAUUGGAAGCUUUAAAUAUUGAGAAAGCAUUCCAGACAAUUUUGUUGGAAAUUUAUCACAUAAUAAGCAAAAAGGCACUGGCAGCACAGGAAGCAGCUUCCACCACUGGCCUUCAUGGCACUACCAUUAAUGUGUCCAAUCUGUCAGAAAAUGAAAAUAAGAGAGCUUGCUGUUCUUCCUAGAAG